AGCGACAUCACCAGCCCUCUCUGCCCACGAUCAUCGCCGCCUACCAUGGCUCGAUUAUCGAAUCCGCCGCCUCCAGCACCCGAGGAGGAAGACGACACCGCCAUGCCCGAUGUCGAGCAACAUUCUGCGGCUACGACGACAGCUGCUGCCCCCCCAAGCGUACCCGAAGCCGAGCCCGUCAUCCCCGGCCCCCGCGCACAGCGUCUCCUCGAUCUCUACGCGCGCAGUCUCUCACAUACCAUGGGCAAACUAUCCUGGGACAACUUUGCCGCGUGCUACCCUACCUUUGCGCGGCGCAACGAGCCCGUCCUGAAGCAGAUUCAGCAGCAAAUGGUGAUAAAGCUCAAGGAGAAGUGCGAGGCGGAAUUCGAAUCCAUCGUCAAGACGCGCAAUGUGGUCCGCAAGCUCAACGAGCUCGAGCAGAUUGCUGCAGACGCCAAAGCAAGACGACAAGACUCGUCGCCGUCAGCGGCGCCUCCUCAGCCACCACAUACGCUUCCGCCACAGACUAUUCUUGCUGCGCACUUGCAGCCUGCCAUCACGGCGUCCCAGACACAUCUGAACGCGCGGCUCGAGUCGAUGCAGGCACAGAACGCGCUCCUUGCUGAUCAAGUCAAGGGGCAGCGCGCAGAGAUUGAUGCCCUGCUGUCACAGGCCGAAGCGGCCGUUAGGGAUGUGCGAGGGGCGAAUGCGGCGCUGGGGCCAUUGGUGGAUGAGCUUGCCAAGGAGUCUAGGGCGGCCAAUGUGUAACGAGAUCUAAUGUCGUCGGUACUUUUUUUUGUUUUAUACAUGGCGUUUAUGGGAUACUGUAAGGGUACAGAAAUGGGCGUCUUUUUUUAUUUCAGGUUUAGUUUAUACCCGGGUACAGUACGAUACGAGCAGCAUUAUCAAUUUUGAAUCCACAACAUCGGUUGCAUAACAGAACCUUAGUCACGUACAAAGUGAUACCAAGCAUUUUGAAGAUGCGGUCAUGUAGCCGCUGGGUUGAUUUAGUCUACCAAAAAUAUAUACAAAAAAUAGAGACAAGAAAGGAACAAGAAGAGAAAGAGUGAAAAGGACAAGCGGGAAGAAGGUCGUAGUACCAGCUGGUAUAUACAGAGUGUAGUACUGGCGCCUUGCCACUCCAGCUUGUCGAUGUAAACGAAUGUCUGUGUUGCGAGGCGAGGCGUUCGCGUCGCUAAAACGGUCGCAACUUGAAGCCGGGUUUUUUGUCGCAGAGAAAAGAAGAAAGGAAGCGAGCAAAUAAAGUACGCCGCUGAUGCAGAAAAGAAUGCCCCCAGGAAUAACGCCAGUCCGCCUAUAUCGGCCUACCCUACCAUCUCUAUAAUAGCCUCUUUAGGCUUUGUUUGUAGUGGCCCACAUGAAAACUCCCGUGGGCCGUUGAGGUACAUGUCGUCGUUGCGUGUCGUUAUGAGAAACAAGAAUAACACGAAAUCAUUCUAAAUUCUCAUGUUUUCUGUGUGAAUCACUUGCCAAGGUCCGAAGUAGUCGACUUCUCCGUAUGCCGGAGGGAGCACUCGAACCAUCUUGCCCGUCGUCCAAUCGACAAACCACUGCUUGCCUUUGCUGAUAAUGUAGUUGGACUUGCGUGGGCUGCGGAACAAGAGAUUGUUGAAGCAGAGCUUGGCGUACAGCAUAUCAUGGGCCUCGGUCCAUCGGUGAUCCGGGAACCACUUUCCAGAGUGCGGGUUGAUGGACACAUUGUGAUAUGAUGUAGCGCUCAGUCUGUGAACCAGUCGAGGCCCUAGGCCGUGAGGGUUUUCACCUUCCGAGUCGGAGUCGUGCAAGUCAUCAUCCGCGGCCUCAUCAUCCGAUGGGUCUUCGAUAGCAGCCUCGCCUCCAUCCUCGGUAGCUGCGGCCAUCAGGUCAACAUGGGGUGAUGCCGCAGAUGACCGACGAGACGCAGUUCUUGCGGAAGGCUCUCCCUCACCAGCAUUGUCUGCUUCCGCUCUGGAGCCGCGGCUAUUGCUUCGGGCUCGAGUGGGCGACAUGCCGCGGUAGAAACGGACUCGCUGAAUGCGAGGGAUGGACAUAUCACGGGGAAAGUCACGGUCAUCAAUAGGUGCCGCGAUGUCUAUGGCGGCAAAAAGGGCCUGGAGCCAUCUGACAAAGGUGCUCAGUUCGACGCAUGCAAGUAGGAACUGGUCAGUCUCUGCACGGAUGCGAAUGACAUAACGGCGUCUGU